AGUUAUAAAUUUAGAGUUUGCCGUUCGAGUCAGUCUACGAGCGACAACGUUUAAGAAAGGUCGCGCUGUUUCGCAUCCCCGCAAACAAUAUUUGCCGCUUAUUGCUUAUUAAUGUAAAUCCGGGUGAAUUAUAUAUACUACCGCAUAUAAAAAAUAUUAUAUCGUGCAAAAAAUAUAUAAUCCCACUCUCUUACCGCGUUAAUACAAGAACAACCAAAAGUCGGUAAACAUUAAGAGCCGGGAAGCAAAUCGCCGAACCGCGGAACAACAAAAAAAGAGGAGUCGUCGGGAAAAGCGCCAAGUGUCCAUCCGGAAGAGUCCGUCAAGAGUGUCCGGGAAGAACUGUGUGUGCGUGCGACCUCCUCAGUAAAAAAAACUAUCCUCCGCGGAAACAAAUUAGACAAAAAAAAAAAAAAAGUUUUUCGCCGAAAUUACCCCCCCGGAAAAAAAGAAGCGCGUUGCUGCCGCUUAGUCGAACAAACGUCAAACUUCGGUUGUGCUCCGCCCGACUAAUCCCCAAAAUCGCUUUUCCUUUUUGUCGUUCCGUUCUUCGUGCCGCUGGACCGACGACAGCUUUGACGCUCGCGCGAGAACAAUAGCCGCUUAUCGCGAAAUCCAAGUGUGCCGUGCCGAAGGUCGCCGCGCGUUGUGCAUCGCUAGCGAAACUCGCCGGAGAAAGUUCGAAGGUGACCAGGCGGUGGAUUCUCUCCAAUCAGCGUUUCGAAGGUGAUAUCGCUUAAAAAGGGAAAGAGGAAGAAAUCGAAGAAGAAGAAUAAGUGAGUGGUUCGAAAAUCAAGAGGCACGAAGUGAGUGAGGAAAAAUUCUCAUGAAAAUUCAUCAUCACUAAAAAAAAGUAACGAAAGUAUAUUUCACCUCGAUAACGCGUCGUAAAUUUUUUGGAGAAAGGCAAACCGAAGAGGCACCGAGCCGAAAGAAUCAGUGUGUGAAAAAUUAUUCCAAUCAAUUUUCCGAGCAAAUCGUAAAUAUUUUAAAGAGGGCCCCCUUCAGCUCCCCACAGCUGUCGGUAGAAAGUGUGACGAAGGAGGAGCUCCGUUGUGCAGCGUACGAAGCAAAAUCAAAGAAGUCAGAGAGUGUGUUACACCAGCGGUACAUCUGAAGGCGAAGGAGAGGAAGAAAUUAUCGUCAUCGUCGAAGAGAAAAAAAAAGCAACGCGCUUUUGCAGCUUGACAACAGACACCGCGGAACCCCCGGCUUAGAAUCAAACACAGUGUGCCCCCGCCCUCUUUCCUCGCGCCAACAGCUUUUUAGUCCGCCAGCUUUCUGCCGCCAACGCCGCCGCCACCACCCCUUUGCUUGAGCUUUUCGCAGCGCCAUCUUCAGCAGCAUCCACCAACUAGAACGGCAAACAAAAAAGAAGAAGAAAGCCAACAGCUCAUUACAUCCAAACAGAAGAGAAGUGAAAAAACGGAAGAAACCACUGUCUUCACACUUGCACAUCCUGAAAGAGGAGAGAAAAAAAGUUGGGCUAAAAGAAAGUAAUUAGAAGUUAUCAAAUACUUGCCGGAAGAAGAAGAAGAAGACUCUUCCCCCUCCCAAGGACAAUCAAAGCUAACGUCCGUUCAGCGAAGCAAAUUAUCCCUCUUCUCCCCGUUAACGACAGAGAGUGAGAAGCAGUCAGUCAGACCGGAAAUCGAUAGAGAGAAGAAAACCAAUAAACGUCCGUUCCUGAGUAACUACACACACACACAAGCACACAUAAGUACGAAGGAAUUAAUUUUUUAAUCGUAGCAUCAAACUCACUCAAACCAAGAGAUAGCGAGAAGGAAGAAGCAAGUCUAGUCUUCGUUUUAAUUGCCAUAGGAAUAUAGAAGAGUGUGUGAGUGUGACAUCGCCGACAUCGACUUAUCUUGUGAUACCGCAGAGCGCGCAGCGCGUCCGUCAAAAGGCGCCUAGGAAGAAUUGUUCGUAGUGUUAGUGACAGCGUCGUCGCCCAGCUUGAGUGAGACCGUUGCGUUCCUCAAAUUUUCUGUGUGAAGGCCUAACCGGAGUCGCCUUUAAACCCCAAACACACAACACCCACAACACAAACACAUACCCGCCUCCCCCCCUCCCAAAGUAGAGAGUAACACUUGUAUGGCCGCCAUGAUGAACAUGACCAACCUGUUGAACGGCAAGGACUCCCGCUGGCUGCAGCUGGAGGUGUGCCGCGAGUUCCAGCGCAACAAGUGCUCCCGGCCGGACACCGAGUGCAAGUUCGCCCACCCGCCGGCCAACGUGGAGGUGCAGAAUGGACGCGUAACGGCGUGCUACGACAGUAUUAAGGGUCGCUGCAAUCGUGAGAAGCCCCCGUGCAAAUACUUCCACCCGCCCCAACAUCUCAAGGACCAGCUGCUGAUCAACGGCCGGAACCAUCUCGCCCUCAAGAACGCCAUCAUGCAGCAGAUGGGCAUCUCGCCCGGCCAACCGGUCCUGCCCGGCCAAGUUCCCGCAGUGAUGUGCGCGGUCCAGAACGGAGCGACCACCGCGGUGCCGGCCACGGCCAUCGGAAUCCCGCCGGCCACGGCCGCCGCCCUAGGGUUCACGAUCGCCUGGGGAACCGCCGGGGCCGCCACCCACCAUCACCAUCCACCACCGCCGUACACGACGUACGUCGUGAGUCACGGUGGCCACGGAACUCCCGGAACCGGCGGUGGCGGCGGCGGCGCUGGCCAGAUUAUGAACGGCCACUGCAGUCCAAUCACGGCCGGAAGUCCGACGACCAGCUCCUGCCAGAGUCAGUCCAAUCAGUCGUGCAACAGCCAGAACACCUGCCAUACGUCCACCACUACCAACACAAACCAUAACAAUAACAACAACAACCACAUCAGCGUUAAUAACAACAGCCCCGGAAGCACCUGCAAAGCAACCAACCCGUACCUGGCCAGCAUGCCAGCCAGCACGUACAGCCCGUACUUCCCGCCGGGGCACCUGAUGCCGACGCUGCUCGGGCCCGCCGAUCCGUCCCAGCUGGGCCCCGUCGUCCAGCAGGCCGUCGUGCCCCAGGCCCAGCAGAAGAUUCCCCGCUCGGACAGGCUCGAGGUAUGUCGCGAAUUCAUGCGCGGUGCCUGCAAGCGAGCUGAGUCGGAAUGCCGGUUUGCUCAUCCGCAGGAGAGCGUCACAACACACGAAGACGGUUCCGUCACGGUGUGCAUGGAUGCCGUGAAGGGUAGAUGCGCUCGUGAACCUUGUCGCUACUUCCAUCCUCCCUUGCACCUGCAGGCUCAAAUAAAAGCAGCGCAGUCACGCGCAACCGCGACUGCACCAGUAUCCGUGGCCGCUGUCGCCGCUGCCGCUGCCGCCGCCGCCCUACCACCACCGCUGCCGCCAUCCGCCGCCGCCGCCGCCGCAGCCGCCUCAGCCGCGGCUCACUCGCCUCUCGAGGCCGGCAAAAAGCGUUCGGCCGAAAACGAUAUGAUACAAAUGAUGGACAUGAAAACGAUGGGAUCUUUUUACUAUGAAAACUUUGCAUUCCCCGGCAUGGUCCCGUACAAGCGAACCGCAGCGGACAAGUCUGGCAUUCCGGUUUACCAGCCCGGUGCCACCACGUACCAGCAGCUGAUGCAGCUCCAGCAACCGUUCGUGCCAGUGUCAUGUGAGUACCCAACUCCCAGUUCCUCCGCCACAUCUGCUACUUAUAUUCCACAAACAUCCUCGACGGCAACCCUAAUUGCUAAUAGUAGUAAUAGUGCUCCGAGCACCAUUUUGACGAGCAGCAGUUAUUAUACUAGUAGUGGUAACAGUGUUAAUAAUAAUAACAACAGCAACAAAGUAAAUAACAAAAACACAACACUUGCAAAGUCACUCUCACUGCAAUCGGUUUCGUCCAUUGGCCACCUGUCCAACGGCCAGGUCCACUCGGACACGGACCAGAGCGUCAAGUCCGAGGGUCACCUCAGCGAGAAGGACGAUCUGUCGGUGGUAUCGGCUGCGGCUAGCGUUAGCGAUGCCCUACUAACGCUUACCCCGACCAGCACUGCGGCUUCGCAAGCAAUGGUGUCCACGUCGGCCACGCAAUCCGUUCCGGCACCGAUCACCAGCGCCAUGCUAAACUACUCGGUUUCCGCAGCCCAAAUUAACAGCUACAACGCUAGCAUCCAAGCGCAAGCCCAAGCGGUGCACGCUGCCCAAGCGGCAGCGGUUGCCCAAGCUAACCAGGCCGCAGCCGCAUCCGCGCAGUACUCAGCCCACUACGCGGACGCCGCCAACCUCGCGAAGGAGGUAGCCCAGAAGAACUACGCCAAUGCACUUAAAAUGGCUGCCGCUUCGAACGCUUUAACCGGCAAGCCACUAACCGCACUCAGCUACACCGGGGUAGCCCUGAACAAGACCAGCCUGAUGACGCAGGCCCAGUCCUACGGUGUACCGUCGGCUACCGCUGCCGGCGCCGCUCCCACCUAUCCGCCACCCCGCAUUGGCACCCCGGCAGUGGCCAUGGCCGCGGCUACUCCUCAGCAAACGAUGCUUCCAACGCUUUCGCGUCCACCGCCGCCCAUCAUGCCGCAGGCCGCCUUUACGCAAAUGUUACGUCCACAAAUGCCGGCCAACCUGAUGCACAAUCCGUACGCAGCCGCCGCGGCCGUCGCCCAACAACAGCAGCAGCUUAUGAGCCAAGCGGGCUUCAUGUACCCAGCCUUCCAGGCCGCAGCCGGCGGUUACCAGUUUGGCAGCCCCAUGCAUACCGCCAUGCCCAGCACCGCUAACCUAACCGGAAUCCCUGGCGCCAUGACCCAGGUGCCGCAAGUGGCCGCCACGCCCACCCCUGGCAGCGCCGUCGUACUUAACCCUUACAAAAAGAUGAAAACGUCAUAAGAAGUGCAACCAUCCCCACUCUCACACACACACACCUACACCAAUUGCCAUACGCGUUCCGCGAGGAACCACUCAAGUCACUCACACACGCGCACGCCCAUCUCGCACUAAUCGUUGCCAUGAGAGCAAAACCAAACGGAAUUAAACAAUAAGAUGUAAACAAAGGAAAAAAACAUAAACAACAAAUGAAGAUGAUAGUGCCUGAACACAUGAGAAAAAUAAACAAACUCACACACAUUGAUAAAAACGAGAAUCGCAACCGAGAUGUUCACCAAGAUUGAGGAGAAAAGUGGUUAGAAAAAUAAUAGAGGAAAAAGGUAACACCAUUUUAUCUGCAACAGUAAACACACAAAAUGAGAAACACAAAUAAUUAUUUUAAAUCAAUAAGUAAUGCAUAACUUGUAGGGAAAACAUUGCAAGAAAGAGAGAGCGUUUAUUGAGUGAUCUUGUCACUAAGGUUAAGGAAAAAACAAAGAAUAGCAUCAUUUUGUCGUUAGUGAAGGUAAACAAAAACAAAUUUAGUUAAUUUAAGGUGCAAUUCUGUUGGAAGCAAAACCCGGUUCACGGUUCCAGUGAACGCUAAAAUUCUGUACUAGUUUUGUUAUAGCUGUCUUUGUUUACUAAAAAGUACUUUUUUGUGUACCGUACACACACAUUUGUUUAUUUAUACAUACGGGUAGUUUGGGUUUUGUUUUUGUUUGUUUUUUUUUUGUCACUUGACUGCAAGGCGUUUUUUUCUUACAAAAAGAAAAAAAAAAGAGAAGAAAAAGGGAAGAAUCAAAAUAAUGAAACUGUGAUAGCUUCACACACACAAAUAAAUGCUGCAGAAAAAAUCCCGCUUCGCUUGCAAACACUCCAACACAAACACCCACACACAUGUUCUGUUUGACAGAACUCAAAAAAUCAACACCCACACACACAAAAACAUUACACGCUGCGCAAAAGUUCCCCUGUAUUUUUUGUUUUUGUUCUGUUUUCGAUCGGUUUAUUUUGACAGCAUUUCGCAAUGAAGUUUAGAAGUUUAGUGGAAAGAAGGUAAACGAUCUUGUGUCACGCAAACAAACGUAGGAAGACAAGUUUUAAGCCUAAAUAUGACAGAGAAAUUUUGAAACUUGUAGUCACACGUGUAGUUGAGCCAUAACGGGUGGCUUUUUAAGCGGUAAGAUUAGGAGUUUAGAUUUUGUUCUUUUGUUUAGUUUCAAGUUUGCAAUUACUUUUUUAGCGUGUAGUGAUUUACUCUAGUGUUAAAUAUGAUGAAAUAGGUACUAAAGUGUAAAUAAUGUAACUUAACAUAAAGUUGUGAUAGGUUUCUUAUUCUUUCUGAUUUUGUGUUCCUUGAUACUAAUUCACUUACUAUUUUUAUACAAAACGUAAAAUAAAUUAUAUACACAUACAACUUGUGAACCGUUAUUGCAUGCAAGUUUCCUGCAAGAGAUUUCGACAAAAGUUGUUGAAAACAAACGGAAACAAACUAUUGAAAGGUUGUGUACAAUUGCAAAGAUGAUGCAGCAAAUGUUGGGGUUGUUAUCGCAAACAAACCACGUGUUCGGAAACUUAUUAACACAAUUACCACUACUACUAUCAAUACACUGCAAAUUUACUUAAACAAAAAUAUGCGGAAAUGGUGAGAAAAACAAAUGUAGCACACACACACAUACAAACGAAAUGAUUCACUUACAAUGCCCACGGAAUAAAAACCAAUACAAAAGUUACUACGGAAUUCGAGCAACGCUAUUACUACUACUACUACUAUUACUACUACUUUACUAUUUAAACUGAAACAAACACAAACGUGUAUUACAAUUGUGUGUAAAAAAAGUAAAUAAGUGAAUAAGUAAACCAGUAUCGCUACAGAUUUUGAUGCUUGUGAGAGCUCUAUUUUACCGAUAGUUUAUGAUAAAAAUUAGCAGAAUGAUACAAAACACACACUCACACCCACAAAAGUAUAUAUUUGUAUACAUGUUUUUCGAGAAAAACUUGUGGAACGUCCACAAAACACACUUUACACUAUAAAAAACAUACAAACAUAAAACAAAACUUCUUUGUUAAAAGCAUUUCCCCUUAAUAGCAGACAUUUGGUUUGAGUGUAAACAGUAAGCAAAACAAAAAAAAAUACAGUGAAAUCUAGUAGUCCGAAACCGAACGUAGGUUCGCCCUAUUUGCUAGCUAAGUAAUCUACGUAGACUUGUACUUAUGUAUUUUAGAACACAGACAAACAAGCUAAAACAAUCAUUAAAAAAGAGAAAAAAAAACAAACGAAAACUAAUUGCAUUGAUAAUAAUGAUAAACGAAUUGUUUGAAUAACAAAACAAAAGAAAGUAAACUUUACUCCUCCCUCCCCCCUCUCGUGUGUACUGUAUAGCAUUGAUGCAUAUGAAAACAAAAACAAAAACAUACAAAACAUAGUGCGCUGCGCCGAAUUGACAGCAAUGUCAGCUGUGUGCAGUUUCGCAGACAGUAAUCGUAGAUCAUUGAAUUAAAAGCUACAGUUUGACAACAACAACAAAGUUUAGAAUGCUAUUACAAACUCAUAUUACUUAAUCUAGAAUCCCUUAUGCGUAGAAGAUAAUACAAAUAUCAGUAAACAAAAAUGCUGCAAACCAUCUAGUGAUUCAGUUUAUUUGCAUUUUAUUAUUUUGCAUUUUCCUCAGAAAAAAAAAUGUUAAGUAUGUUUUCGUUUUUCCAAAGUAAAAACAAAUGUCAGCUGUCAAAUGUCUCAUUUAAGCUAUGUUUGGCUACUAGAUCGACAGUUAUUGGUACCGUUGGGACGUAUUUUUACUGUACUUCUUAGCUGAUUUUGUAUCUCGUAUCGUUUGUUUUAGUGAAAAAGAUUUGUAGAUAGUUGUACGCCUGACAAACAGAAAAAAAAGCUUUUUCUCGCCCCGCUCUUCCCUUUUUCGUGAAAUGCAUAUUUCCCCUUUCAAAACCUCUUUGCUAACAUAACCCCGCCAUAAGUACCGCACUAACCCGACUACGUCGACUCUAUGUCGACUUCACCUAAUUUCAACCCAUUUAACCCCGCUUUUCCCCGCCCACUUUCCUUAUUAUUUGAGCCGUCUUGCCCUGUCUGCUUAAAUGCGCCCGCGGUAUUGUCCACAAUCAGCGCAAUCAUUUUCUUUUUAAUUUUCGAUGAAAAUAAACCGAAGUACAAUCACGGUGUUUGUUUCCUACUAUUCUUUACGUUAUAUUUACCCUAAGUAAGCGCCUCCCCCUAAAGGCAAUGCUCUGCCACGCUUAAACUGCUCUAUCUCCGCAUUUCAUCCUGCCCUUGAAAAAAAAAACGCAAAA